AUGGCCACCUACAAAAAGCGGAUCCCUUCCUUGUACCUCCUGAAAUCUAACUCAAGCGCGCAAUUCAUGCCCGCGCAAGAUUUUGAGCUAAUACCACAGAGUGAGGAGCCCUUACCCAAUGGCGAAUGGGAUUCUAAUGCACAGCAGCAUGCCUCACAACGAACCUUAUCGCCGUUGCGAUAUAUCAACUUCAGCAUAAAGCCGAAGAAAGCUUUCGUGAUACCACUUUCAGUUGUGCUGUCAUGGCUAUUGGUAGGAUUCACUGUCUGGCAAUAUCAGGAACGAACAUCACGUCUUGCUACUUCCCCAGUAAAUGGUCCCAACUCAGGCAUAACACAUUCGGGCCGCGACUUUGACAUAAGCUCCGUACUAGACGGGGAGUUUUCUUUCAGCGAUGAUCCUUUUUCAUUCAUCAAACCUGGAUCUUUAUACCAAUCACAGGAUAAUGACGCUGGUUUGUACCUGACUAUCGACGACAGCAACGGUAUUCCUAAAUACGUCGCACGCAAAUUGGCUGAUGGAAAUUUCUACGAGGACUUGGGUCGCAAAGAAUUUACGUAUCACCAGCACGAGUACAAUGUUGCGCAUUUCGAAGUUUCUCAUCGAUUGGACUUCGCGAUAAUGUCUUCGGACUUGGAAAGAGAAUAUAGACAUUCCUCAAAAGGAUUCUACUGGCUCAAAGAUAUUAAGAAAAGUAUAAUAACUCCAAUCUCGCCUUUCCCAGGUGAAGAUGCUCUCUACAAACUUUCCUAUGCCCGAUUCUCACCUUCGCGAAACUUCCUUUAUUUUGUUUUCGAAAAUGACUUAUUCAUUCAGAAUGUUGCCAGCAAGGUAGUCCAACGGAUAACUACUAAUGGCUCAGACCAUAUCUCAAAUGGGAAGCCAGAUUGGGUAUACGAAGAGGAGGUCCUAGCAUCAGAUCAGGCCGUUUGGUGGGCCCAUGAUGAUUCUAAACUCGUGUGGGCUCAGUUUGAUGAUUCCAAAGUUCAGCAAGAAACCUUGCCUCUUUACAUCAAUAACGAGCUCUACGAUGGGUCGCAAACCAUCAAUUACCCUAAGCCAGGAACACCUAAUCCAGAGUACUCUUUAUGGUCCUACAAUCUGAUGACAGGUGCGUUACACACAGUACCUAAAGGAGAAGAAAAAGAGCGAAUUCUAUAUCACGCCCAGUGGAUUGACUCUAAUAACUUUAUGUUCAAGGAUACGGAUCGCGGAUCUCAGGUAAUGGAUGUCAAGGUUUUUGACCUGUCCACGUAUAUGGUGUCUACAGUUCGAACUAUCAAUGCCACGAGGUACGGCGGCUGGAUUGAAAGGACACAUGACGUUCAAGUCAUUCCUAUAAAAGAGUCUCUUAAUCGGAAUGAGGUGGGCUACGUGGACGUCCAGGUCGAUGACAACGGGUUCCCUCAUCUUUUUUAUUUCCCCAACCUCUAUUCUGACUUAAGCCAUCAACUUACUUCAGGCCAAUGGGAAGUAACCGGGAAGGGGAUUAUAGGUUAUGAUUAUGACGCAGAGACUAUACUUUUCUUGGCCAAUUUGCAAAAUAGGUUUUCUCAGCACCUUUUCUUCGUCUCGGUAAACACAUCUCCCAGUCAGGAGGUCCAUGCUCCGCAAGAUCCAAAUGAGAAAGAGGCGUUUUACGAUUUUGAACUUAGUUUGAGCUGCAGGUUUGGGGUAAAACGUUACCUGGGUCCGAAUGCGCCUAUUUCGGACGCUGGCGAUCUUAUCCUAUUACUUCAAAACGAUGAAUCGAGAGCGAUCACCCAGCUAACUGAUAAUACUGACAUGCUCACUUCAUUGGAGAAAUACGAUAUACCUUCGACGAAUCGAAGGUCGAUGAAAUUAGACGACGGAGUUGAUAUUGAUUACAUGGAAAUCUUACCGGCAGACACUCAUUCAGUUGCAAAGCGUCCCUUGCUUGUUCAUGUCUAUGGGGGUCCCGGUUCACAUACGGUAGACUCUAGAUUUUCCAUUUCCCUAGAUGAAAGCCUUGCCUCUAGCGAAGGCGCUGUAGUUUUGAAAAUCGAACCUAGAGGCACCGGAGGCCGCGGCUGGGAGUAUAGACGCUGGGCAAAGGGGAAAUUAGGUUACUGGGAACCAAGAGACAUUUUGAGCGUGACUAAGAAUUACAUGAAACGUCACGCUGAAUAUAUCGACACUGACCGCGUUGCUAUAUGGGGGUGGUCAUAUGGAGGAUUUGUUACCCUUAAGACGCUUGAGUUGGAUGGUGGGAGUAUAUUCAAGUAUGGGGUCGCGGUUGCGCCCGUCACGGAUUGGCGAUACUACAACUCCAUCUAUACAGAGCGCUAUAUGGGCAGUUUGGAAACGAACGAGGUGUCAUACGAGGAGAACGCUUUGAUAAAUGACAUUGGGAAUUUGGCCAAAGCGCAAAGGUUUCUGUUAAUGCACGGCAGUGCUGAUGAUAAUGUCCAUUUGAAGAACACAAUGCACCUGCUCGACCAACUUAACAUAAAUGGCGUACAAGAUUACGAUCUAUCCAUCUUUCCAGAUUCCGAGCAUUCUAUAAUGUUUCACAACGCGGGAAACAUUGUGUACCACCGAUUAUCCUCGUGGUUGAGAAACGCGUUCAGUGGAAGAUUUGACGCCUUAGUAUCAUAA